UUCGCUACCUUCCAUUUCGCCACUUUUCCAUCCUCUUCCAACAUGGCCACUUCGGUGGACGUCGACGAUACAAGCUGGAUGCAAGAGCUGGAGAGUGCUCUCCUUUCAGAAUGCGACCUGAAUACACUGCGGCAGGUUUCCAAGAUGAAGCCAGUUCCAGAAUGCUUUCGGGCAUACGUUUGGAAGAUAAGCUUGGGCGUCAAAGGUAAAGAACUUGGCGAUUGGGACGAGAUUUAUGACCUUGCAGAGCAGUCACUGAUUAGAAAAGACUGUCAGGCACUUGUUGAUAGGUUUGGUAAUGAUGAAGAGGAGAAGCUGUCUGUCCUAUGUGACCUUGAGUCCGUGCUGACCCGGUUCUGCAAAACCACCGGCUUCCACUACGAGAGCAGCAAUGGCUGGAUGGAGGUACUGGAGCCCCUAAUCGCGCUCCAUCUGUCAAAAGAAGAGCUCUACUUUUGCUUCCACGCCCUGAUCACCACCUAUGUUCCUAGGCAUUGCGUGAAAGAUGGAGCCCCUUUCCACCUUCUGCGGCUGCUGCUGUUGUACCAUGACCCCGAGCUGUGCUCGUUUCUCGACACUAUGAAAAUCACCCCAGACUGCUAUGCCCUGCCUUGGUUUCGGAGUCUCUUCUCGUCCACGUGUGACCUGAAAGUGAUCCAGAACAUGUGGGACAUCUACCUUCAGCUGGCUGACCCGUUCCUUCUGUUCUAUCUCAGCCUCGUGCUCUUGGCAAACACCAAAGAAGAAAUUAUGUCGAGGAAAGGAGACAGCAAAGCUGCAAUCAUAGAACUCAUAUCAUCUGCUCCUUGUGCCUUAGAAGCGGAAGACAUUGAAGAUUUCUGCUCACUUGCCCAGUUUUACUCAACGAGGACUCCCCUUUCUUUUAGUCGGGAACAUCACGCCAUCAUAUUUGGCUCGGAAGAAUGUGUGGACAGGGACCUCCCUCAGGCAUUGUGCCUGCCUGUAUCUGUGUCCGAGCUUGUCACAACAAACAGGUUGGACAGGCAUACAUUGGUGCGCUACUUUGUGGUGGAUUGCAGGCCUGCUGACCAGUACAACAGUGGACACCUCAAAACUGCAUUCCAUUUAGAUGCCAGCUUGAUGUUGCAGGAGCCGCGUGCCUUUGAGACGGCUGUGCAAGCACUGUUUGCAGCCCAGAAGCAGGCGAUGGAGGCCAACUCGGUGGCAAGUGGCGAGCACCUCUGCUUCAUGGGCAGCGGCCGGGAGGAGGAGGACCAGUACGUGCACAUGGUCAUCUCGAGCUUUCUCCAGAAGCACCUGCAGUACGUAGGCCUCGUCCGGGGUGGAUACAAAGCACUGCACGAUUUCAUCUCCGAAGAUCUGGACUCUUACCUUGCUGACCACAGUCCUCGGUUAUGCAUCGUCUGUUCCUCCUCCAGUGCCAGUUCCACAAACGGCAUGGACGAUGACGACGUCUCCUUCUUCGCCAAAGUGCAACAGGUCACAACUGUGUUCAAGAGCAGAGCCAGCGACAUGAAGGGCAAGCUGGUGGACUACAUUACGAAUCCACAGCAACCACCUGUCGAAAGGCAUGUGAGCAGCUCUGACAAAUUGGGCAAACGUUACCGCGGCAUGGCACCAGUCUUCAGCAUUGACGACGAACACGAUGACUUUGGCGGUCACGGUGACUUAGAUGCAUCAGUACACGAGGAGGAAAGCAUUAGCACAUGGGUGAAAAAGCCCGAGGUUCUGGGGCACUUCAAGUGUGAAGAAAUCAAAGAGAAUGGACAUCUCUACCCCAGUCACUUGCUGGUGACUCAGACUCACUUGUACCUGCUGCGUGAGCUGAGCCACAGGAAGGGAACUGCCCGGGUAGUGUCCCAGAGACCCCUGCUUUCGGUGCUCAAGAUAACCAGCAAGAAGCAACACCCCGAACUGAUCACCUUCAAGUAUGGCCUGAACGACAAUGCCACAGGAACCUUCACGGUUGUCGCGAUGGAGCGUUUACUCAUCCCCAAGGCCAAGGAGGCCACACAGCUCGUCAAGACCCAGAUCACAAAGCUGCUCGAGGAGACUGAUGCUAGGUAAUGGGAGCAGCAAGGCCAUUUGAGGUCAGUAUGAAUGGGAUCAAGCAAAAACAUUCUAGCAGUUCAUCAGGAGCCAAAUGUUGCACCACGGCAAGAUUGUGACGGUGCAGCGCUUACGGCACUUUUUUUUUUCUUUUACAACAAUGACACAUUACGUCAAUGUUGCCCCUUUUUUUCUUGAUGUUAUUACAAGCUCGCUUGCAUCCUCUAGGGGUGUUUCCUUUGUGCUUGUUCGAGGCUGUGUUCUUUGAACUGACUGGACAGAAUGCAUACUAACGGCUACUUGUUAGUUGCUUAUUUCUUUUGUACAGGACACGUGCCGUCAGUAGACAAACUAUAGAUCACCGAGAUUGUGGCAGAGAGUUUGCUGUGCAUCUUGUCUUGUGCGCUUCAAUCUUGCGGAUUUUGCAAGAGAAGUUCGUACUGCGCGUGUUGAAAUGGAAUUUCACCCAUUUUGCUACACAACGAUCAUUAAUGUAGAACAAAGCACCUUUGCUUUGUCUAGCAGGGUGCUGCAGUGGUUUAAAAAGUUUUGGCAACAUUUUUUUAAGCUUUAUGAACAUAAUCGUCUCGCUCACGCUGUAUAGCUUCCAAUGCUGAAAAAUGUGUUUAGUGUCUCAAUGUCUGCUGAUGAUGUGUUUACCGGUGACUAUAGUAUUAGAUUACAAGCUGAUGAGAUCACAGGUUGCGUUUAAGUGCAGAUUUGCAGCACCUUUUGUGUGCACUACUCAAAUAGGAGUCGCCAAAUGUAAAGUUCGAUGCUGAAUCGUUGGAACUGGGCGCCCAGGGAUGGAUCGCCAGUAGUACUAGAGCAGCACGAGUUGUUCUUUAUUUAUUUAUUUAUUUUAAGGGAAUUCACACCGAUGUUUAACAAGGGCUGAAUGCAUCUCCAGCACACACCUGACCACGAAAAAGUACUUGGUUAUAUCGCCAGUUAUAACUCCUAUUACAUAAUAACAAACGUUCGAAUGUGGUUUUCGAAACACUUAGUCCUCCUUCAGUGACUCUUAUUUCAGUUAGUAUGUAUAAGAAUAUUAUAGUGACAAUCAUGAGCUCCAUUUGUAAGCCUUUCUUAUUUCCAGAUUUAAGGGACUGUAUUUCUCAUUAAAGUCCUGAUUAGUUUUUGCAGUAGACAGCACUGCAAUGCAGUUAGGUAAUCAAUUAAAUGAGACUUUAGGAUUCUUUCUUUUUUUUUAUACGUGCAAAAUUAAGACUCCUGUAUCUGCAAAAUUAUAUGAACGUUCAGGGCUUUCUGUUUGUGCUUUGACAUUGAAGAAAGAAGGGGCAGUGUGUGGGAAUUCAAACACUAUUAAGAGCCACUGUGUAGUGUUUUCCUUACUACUGCACACUAACCUUGAACAGAGUUGCCCAAGGGCAACUAAAGUGGAUUGAUUCAUUGAUUGAUUGAUUGAUUGCAUUGCAUUUCAUUGCAUUUAGGCUUGUGCGAAUAGUAAAUUUUAUGGUCGAAGCGAAUAGUGAUUUGGUCGAAUGAUUUCGAAUUGAAUUUGAAUAGUAUAUAUAUCACAUAUAAUCAAGAAAAAUUAGCAUUGCAUUGCGUUGGACAUACAGUAAAAUCUCGUUAAUUCGACCCCCGUUAAUUCGGAACUUCGGUUAAUUCGGACGCGGCGUCUGGUCCCGUCCAAAAUGUGCAUUGUUCUAUGGCUGAGAACUCUCAUUAAUUCGGACAGAUUCGACCGCGCUUCGGUUAAUUCGAACUCCCGACCGAGGUCGGGUCGAGACGGGGAAGCAGCAGCGGAUACCGCCACGGCCGCGGUUCGGAUAUAAUUCGGAUUCGCAGCCGAAAUCGACGGCGCAUCUAACAACUUCGAGAUCGGAUCAUGGCCUCCGAGAUUUAAAACGAGGUAACGAGAUCGGAUUAUGGCCUCCGAGAUUUAAAACGAGCUUUGCAUCUCGGAGGCACAUACACAAUGAAAGGCAGCGCAUCGCUACUGUCAUCAGCAACAGGCAACAUGGCGACGGUCCGUCCGCGUUAUCAACGCGAUCAGCCAGCCACGAGUGGUGGAUGAUAAGAAUGGCAUAGAAUAUGGCAUAAGGCAUCGUUCCGCGAUAGCACCCCUGGUGUUCCGCAACGUGCGCGGUGAAGCGUUGUGCAGGCCUGGCGUUCCGGACUUUCCGCAUGCCUUUCUACGUACGAGCCGUGCAACGUUUUCAACACUGACGAGGAGGCUCUGCCUGACAAGACGAUCGUGUGUAAGGGGCACCCGUGCGUCUUAAGAGCGGGUGACGGUUCUUCUGGCUACGAACAUGACCGGCACAUAGUAGCUGCCGCUGCUGGUGAUAGGAAAGGCUGCGAAGCCAAGAUGUUUUAAGAACAUUAAGCAGCUGCCUGUCGACUACCGCCUUAAUAGAAAGGCUUGGAUGACGGUCGAAAUAUUUCAAGCCUGGCUGCGUCAGCUAGACCGCCGCUUUGCGGCACAGUGUGCGCGGACAGCCACCUUCAGGAACUUAGCAAAAUUGUGAUUUCCUUGCACGUUGCCUCCGCGAAGCAAACCGCGAUCACCGACUUUUUUAAGAAAUAAAAGUCUGGUGGUGGCGGAAACAUUUUUCUAGUGUUUUGAUCGUACUCGCGAUAAUUCGAACCCUCGGUUAAUUCGGACAUUCUCUCUGGUCCCGUGAAGUCCGAAUUAACGGGGUUUUACUGUAUUUCCAUGAAGCUUCAUUGACAUUAGAUCUCUUCAGAUUUGCCUUCGAGAGGGUGUAAUCACAGUUGCAAUUCUCCACAAUAACAUUUAGUAUGUGAUGCAUCUGUACUUUGUUUACUUUUUUCUAACUAUGGCCACGAAUGGGAGCUGGCAGCUGCAUUGUCUGUACUAUCCUUUUUUCUUAAUUCACAUUGUAACAGACCAUUCAUGAUUUUCAUCACUACGAUGUUUCGGACUAGUUUCCUCAGGCUUUUUGUCUAAGGACGAUUCAACGGCCUUUCCUUAUACAGUGUGAUUGUGCGGCACGUCGUUGAAAAAUCACAAGUUAGCAGAUGAACGGAGUUUCACGCAUGUUCGUAUAAUGUUGUCAUUGCUAUAGUUGCCGUAAAAUGUACGUGUGGUGAUGUUUAAGGAGCCGAUUAAUCUUCCUACUGCCUCCAUAUAGUGUGCUGUAUUCUUUUAUUUUCAUACAAAUGUUUUGUUAUUUAUACGUGCAGUAGUUGUGUGUUGAAAUCGAACUGAGCAUUUAUGUUCAAGUCAAAAAGGAGAAAGGACCAAUGAACACAUUCCCAAGAUGGGCACAAUUUAAAAGGAUGCUAAAGAGAAAAAAUUUCAGGUCCAGUUACAUUUGUAUGCGACCUUAGUGGAAUACAAAACUGAGUAAGUUCAACCAUUUAAAGGGAUUCUUGAUUACCUAGAAGGGUUCAGCAACAAAUGCUGGGUGGUGGCAAUUCCUUAAAAUAUCUGUUCAUAAUGUUGAUUUUGACUAUGUGCUGGCAACUGACCAGGUUUUUUUAUCUGUUGAAUAUGGUUACACUUAAUGGUUACUGUAUGCGCUGAUAGGCUCCCUUUGGGAAGCCCGAGUUGCACACAUAUAUAUAUGUUUUUUUAUUCAUUGCUUGUGCUGUCGAAUGUGUGUGGAAAAGCCGCCUCUGGGGUGCAGAUAAACACAACAGACGAUUGCAGCACCACCAUGUCACUACAGUUUAGCUCAUUAUUCAUUAACCAAAGUCCAAGACAUUGCUUCCGAAAUUUGUCUUGACUUAUUAUUCUUUCUUUAUAGCAAAAACUGCAUGAUAAACACCUUCCUUUUUGUCUUUUGAGUUAAUUUACGGCUGCUCAUCAGCACAUUUUUCAACAGAUUCUACCACCAAGCCAUGGGCAAUAAAAGAUAUAAUGGUAGGCGUGUUAGCACCCACAGCGGGAUGUUUCAAUUUAAAAAAAAAAGUCAAACUGUUUUUUUUAUUGCUCAAACCUAUGAGCUCACAACCAAAUAGUCCUUGAUUGUCCCCCCUAAAGCAGAUAGACCAGAGGGGUAGUGUAGUUUGACCACAAUAUCACGUGUUGCAAUGAGCUUGCUUGGUGCUAAUGUGAAGUGUGGCGCUCCCUGAGAACAUUGGUUGCUUCUGCGUGCAAGAUUUAUGUGCAGCUCUGGCUCCUAAAGGAGCCUGUAUGGUAACUCUAGUCAGACUAAUACUGCAUUUGAAUCUGACUGCAUAGUUGAACCAGAAGGUUUUCGGGGCACUUUUGUUAUCAAAAUUUAUUCACCAAAUACCCGUAUAAAUUACAGCAGUGAAAUCUAUGAUAUGGACAGGCGCAAUAAGUGCUCAAGUCUUGGCGCUGAAUUUGAAAAGGUGAACAUGCUCUUUAUUUUCUGUGCCUAUAAUGAACAGUAUCUAUUAAAUUACUGCAGAUAGGCUUUUGAAAGCUUACUUCUAUAUAAACUGGUCUAGCGCUUCUUUUCAGUGUCCCUUUAACUGUGUAUUAAUUUCGUUUAACCGCAGUGCUGCUGUUAUGUAUUCUAGAUUUUUUUUACUUUCCUUGCUCUUUUGUAAUAACUUGAGCCCUUUGAAAGUGGGCUCACAAAGGAGUGUCUGGUGUACAUUGUUCUGGUGCUUCUUAUGAUAUACAGUAUAGCACGCCUAAAGGAUAUUGCUGUAGCAAAUAGAGCUUGAAUGAAUGGCCUGUUUAGAGACCAUUCUAGAAGGGCCACUACAGGCAAAUACCUGAAGCGCAGCUGGAGUGACUGGUUACCGUUAUGGAUAUCACUCUUCCACAUUUGUUUGGCGCCAACAGAUCACUUAAACGUCUAGAGAGCUGUAAUUGUAGAUGGAAGAUAACCCAAGAUAACAGGUGGUGAUAAGUCUUCCAUGCAUUGACGUACCACGGUACUAUUUUGGACAUUAGGUUAGCUGGAUGCUUUAGGCAUCGGUGAGCCAAAGAGCUUGCAACUCUGAUGAGGCAGUGAAAAAGAGUAGCAUUGGUUAAAGUGGUAAUAAAACCCCUAAUAAUUAUCCAGAAAAUAAAUAUCUAGUGUUUAUAUCAAACACAACCGUUCUAUUGUUUGUACUCGGUUGGCUGCUAUAUUCCAAUUAUAUCAUUUGUGUGUUCGUGUUAUGUCAUUGAGCACUGGUUAGUUCUACAGAGGUGGCAUAGACCCUGUUUUAUGCUUGUCAUUUUCUUAAGAAAGCCAUGUCCUCAUUAACAGAGACACAACUUGGAGAUAUUCUUGGGAGUACAUAUCUGUCACUUCAGCUUGGCUUUUAACCUUUGCCGUUAGUGUCCUUUCAAAGUGGUGUGCCUAUACAUAGUGCUUAUUUAUAAUCUGUGGACAGGGAAGAUUCGUCUGUGUUUUCACUUGGAUAUUAAGGAAAUGCUGUUUCACACCUUCCGUCCCUUUGACAGCUCCGGGAAAUUUCUUGGGGCUGUUUCGGCGAAGCCUGUUUGUGAGGUUGAAUGUUGUGUGCCUGUAGAUGUGCGACAUAAUUGAGAUUGACCAAAUAUUGUACGACUAAAUGUUUGACAGAUGCUGCGCAUGUGAUUGUUACUCAAGUAAGAGGCCUCUGUUGUGCCAGACUUUACUUUCGGUUUUAUCAUUUUGUUGGCAAGAUGUAAAUAGUAUUUUAUAUAUGUUGAUAGUGUUAGAUGGCUAUGUGUUCUGCUGUACAAUCUAUAGCCUUCUUGUACAUUCAAUAAAGUCUCGAUGGAA